AUGAAGUCUUAUCUGAAGUGGGCGGCCGUUACCCUGGCCGCGGCCCAGCUUGCUGCUGCUCAGACCUACACUAGCUGCAACCCGACCAAGAAGACCUGCCCUCACGACAAGGGUUUGGACGAGUGGGAAUACUAUGUUGAUUUCACCGAGUCCGGCUCGCUUGACGCCUGGAAUAUUACUGCUAAGCCUGUCACCCAGACCUCCCUCGGUGCCAAGUUUGAAAUCUCCGAGGAGGGUGAGGCCCCUACCAUUGCCAGUGAAUGGUACAUUUUCUUCGGUCACGUCGAUGUCAAGAUGAGAGCCGCCAAUGGUACUGGUAUCAUCAGCACAUUUAUUUUGGAGUCCGACGACUUGGAUGAGAUCGACUGGGAGCAAGUCAGCACCUACACUGACGAGAUUCAAACCGACUACUUCGGCAAGGGUAACACCACCGGCUGGGACCGUGCCACAACCGUGAACGUCACCAGCCCCGAGACCGAAUUCCAUACUUACAGUAUCGACUGGACCGCGGAGCGCAUCGAAUGGCUCAUUGAUGGCGAUGUUGUUCGCACUCUGAAGUACGAGGACGCCAACAGUGGAAAGGACUUCCCCCAGACCCCCUCCCUGCUGAAGAUUGGUAUCUGGGCCGGCGGUGACUCCUCCAACUCUGAGGGUACCAUUGAGUGGGCUGGUGGUGAGACCGACUUCGACGACGUUCCCUUCAUUAUGUAUGUUGAGUCCGUCAAGGUUAUCAACUACAACCCUGCCAAGUAUUACAAGUACGGUGACAAGACCGGCGACUACUCCAGCAUCAAGAUGAUGAACGCCUCCUCCUCAUCUUCCACCCUGUCCAACACCUCUAGCAGCUCCUCCAGCUCCUCCAGCUCCUCCAGCUCUUCGUCUGGCUCAUCUUCCAGCUCGAGCUCUAGCAGCGCAUCGGCCUCGGCUUCCACCUACGCUACUUCUGCUGGCUCCAUCCUUUACUCCUCCGCGUUUGUGGCUUCCAUCGUCGCUUUCGCUGUUGGUGCUUUCCAGCUUUAA